UACUUCAGCCCUGAGAGCAACUGAAAGGGUUAACACACGGGGACUUCGCUGGCUGUCAGUUAAACUUUUUCCCUGGCUCUGCCCUGGGUUUCCCCUUGAAGGGAUUUCCCUCCGCCUCUGCAGCAAGACCCUUUAUAAAGAGCAGACUUUUUAUUUCACACACACCAGCCUGGCUGGCUUUGGGAGCUGAACACUCUUCCCAGACACUUUCACUUGGGGCAGAAAGAAGGUUUGUGAGUUGCUAUUUCUUCACCACAGCGGCAGCUUGAAAUGCCUGGGAAGAUGGUCGUGAUCUUCGGAGCCUCAGCUGUGCUGUGGAUAAUGUUUGCAGCCUCUCAAGCUUUUAAAAUCGAGACCUCCCCUGAAUACAGAACUCUUGCUCAGAUUGGCGACUCUGUCUCCUUGACUUGCAGCACUACAGGCUGUGAGUCCCCAUCUUUCUCUUGGAGAACCCAAAUAGACAGUCCACUAAAUGGGAAAGUGAGGAAUGAGGGGACCAAGUCCAUCCUGACCAUGGAUCCUGUCAGAUUUGAGAACGAACACUCUUAUCUGUGUACAGCAACUUGUGGAUCUGGGAAAGAAGAAAAAGGGAUCCAGGUGGACAUCUAUUCGUUCCCAAAGGAUCCAGAAAUUCACCUGAGUGCUCCUCUGCAGGUUGGGAAGCCUGUCACAGUCAAGUGUUUGGCCCCUGAUGUUUACCCAUUUGACAGGCUGGAGAUGAGUUUACUGAAAGGUGACUCUCUUAUGAAGAAUCAGGAGUUUCUGGAAGACAUGGACAAGAAGUCCCUGGAAACCAAGAGUUUGGAAAUAACCUUUACUCCUGUCAUUGAGGAUAUUGGAAAAGUUCUUGUUUGCAGAGCUAAAUUACACAUUGAUGAAAUUAAUCCCAAAGAAAGGGAGACAGUCAAAGAAUUGCAAGUCUACAUCUCACCCAAGAAUACAGCUAUCUCUGUGCAUCCCUCCACAAGCCUCCAAGAGGGUGAUGCUGUGACAAUGACGUGCUCCAGUGAGGGUCUUCCGGCUCCAGAGAUUCUCUGGAGCAAGAAGCUAGAUAAUGGGAAUCUACAGCUCCUCUCUGGAAAUGCAACUCUUACUUUAAUUGCUAUGAGGAUGGAAGACUCUGGAAUUUAUGUGUGUGAAGGAAUUAAUCCAGUUGGGAGAAACAGGAAAGAGGUGGAAUUAAUUGUUCAAGAGAAACCAUUUACUGUUGACAUCGUCCCUGGACCCCGGGUUACAGCACAGGUUGGGGGCUCAGUCGUACUGACAUGUGCUGUUGAAGGCUGUGAAUCCCCCUCUUUCUCUUGGAGAACCCAGAUAGACAGCCCCCUCAGUGGGACAGUGAGGAGUGAGGGGGCCAUGUCCACACUGACUCUGAACCCUGUGAGUUUUGAUCAUGAGCACUCUUACCUGUGCACUGUGACCUGCAGGCAGAAGAAACUGGAAAAGGGAAUCCAGGUGGAGCUCUACUCAUUCCCUAGAGAUCCAGAAAUUGAGAUGAGUGGACCACUUGUGCACGGGAAACCUGUCACUGUAAACUGCACAGUCCCUAGUGUGUACCCUUUUGACCAUUUGGAGAUCGAAUUACUAAAGGGGGAGACUACACUGAUGAAUAAGUUCUUUUUGGAGGAAAUGGAACGAAAAGCCCUAGAGACCAAAAGCUUGGAGAUGACCUUCAUCCCCACCACUGAAGAUACUGGGAAAGUUCUUGUUUGUCAGGCUAAGUUACAUAGCAGUGAGAUGGAAUCUGACCCCAAACAAAGGCAGAGCACACAGACCCUUUAUGUCAAUGUUGCCCCCAAGGACACUACCAUCUUGGUCAGCCCCUCCCAUGUUCUGGUGGAAGGCAGUCCUGUGAACCUGACCUGCUCUAGUGAUGGCUUUCCAGCUCCAAAAAUCCUGUGGAGUAGACAGCUGAAUGGUGGGGAACUGCAGCCUCUUUCUGAGGAUACAACUCUUACCAUAAUUUCUACAAAAAUCGAAGAUUCUGGCAUUUAUGUGUGUGAGGGGAUUAACCAGGCUGGAAUAAGCAAAAAUACAGUUGAACUGAUCAUCCAAGUUUCUCCAAAAGACAUCCAACUUACAGUUUUUCCUUCUGAGAGUGUCAAAGAGGGAGACACCGUCAUUAUCUCCUGCACGUGUGGAAAUCUUCCCGAAACUUGGAUAAUCCUGAAGAAGAAAGCAGAGACGGGAGACACAGUGCUAAAGUCGGUCGGUGGCGCAUACACCAUCCGCAAGGCUCAGUUGGAGGAUGCAGGAGUGUACGAAUGCGAAUCUAAAAAUGAAGUUGGCUCACAGCUAAGAAGUUUAACACUUGAUGUGAAAGGAAGAGAAAAUAACAAGGACUAUUUUUCUCCUGAACUUCUUGUGCUCUACUGUGUGUCCUCCUUAAUAAUACCUGCCAUCGGGAUGAUCAUUUACUUUGCAAGAAAAGCCAACAUGAAAGGAUCGUACAGUCUAGUAGAAGCACAGAAAUCAAAAGUGUAGCUAACAUCUAAAUUGUUCGAGUAAAGACACUAUUUAUAAGCCCUCAAUCCUGAAUAUUCUUUAUCAUUCCACAAGAAAAACAAGCUGUGUGUUAAAACUUCCCAGAAUGUACGAAAACAGAAAGAAAUUGUUGUCUGGGCUCCUUGCAAUGCACAAGAAAUGAACAGGAAAUCUUCUGAAUGACAAGUCCCUGCUGUUAGAUAGAAUGACUGGACUAGUUCCAUGAUGUGUAUAUAUACUCAUUUGUACAUAUGUAACAUAAAAUGGUGCCAUAUCAAGGCUUCUUAGAAUAGCAGCACUCUGUAUUUAGAUAAAAAAUAAUUAAGCAGUGUUGCUUGGACUGACUGUUGCAACUUAGUGCAUUUAGGAAAGCUUAAUAUUAAUAUUGAUAUUGACUGGCAGCUGACCAAUAUCACCUUUCUUGUAUUUUAUUUCCUUUAACUAAAUUUUAUUCCUAUGAAUUUUAUUGACAAUAAUUUCAUGUUUUAUAUGAGAAGCCAGGGUUUUAUAUUUUCUAGGCAAAUGGCAGAGGGCACUGGUUUGACUUUCAGGUACGACAUGCCUAACUCAUGGUAUAAUGGUUGACCAGGUUUCUCUGUGUGGUACUGUGUGGUACGGAGAUGUUUUAUGAUGUUUCUUUAUCAAGAUCUUGUGUAACUUGACUAAUGUGCCUUAAAAAUGCAACUUCUUUUUAUUUUUCUUUUGUAAAUAGUAUAGUAAAGUGAAAGUUUCUAAACUUGGAA